GGGUUCCAAUAUCUGCAACGGAGCAUUCGACUGUACCUCGACUUGCUGAGGCAGUGGACUCUCCACUUUCAUAAGGCCCCGAAGGUGUACUUCCGACAUGUGACCGCCGAGAUGAACAAGUGCAGUUCUGUGGUGCCUGAAUCUGGCCGCACAGGCGGGCCGGCUAUUACAAAUUCGAGAAGCAACCAUAACCGACUCGCCGUUACAUCAUCAGCAGCAGCCGCAAGUACUUCUAGUACACUACCCGCGAUCCGAGAAAAUAACAACCCCGACAGUUCUUGUGCGAGGAUACAACAGGAUGGCGAAAAAUCCCAUCAAUCUUCACCCCGCUCCUCGGUCAGCUUUGCGACAUUGGGGGUCAGGUACGGAUCCGGGACUUACGAAUGCUCCUCCCCCGGGAGAGACCCGUUUUCGUUCUUCGAAGAGGCUGUGAAGAUGGCGGCUAGUACAGGCUCCGGUAUUAACAAGAUGAAUCCCGGCGGACAAUCUUGUACAACUGCCAGUACGACUUCUACUACUGCCACGACGUCACCUGUGGAACCUGAUGUCUGUGCUUCGCCUUGCAGCUCCACGACCAGCGAGGCUUCGAAUUUGUCGUCUGCUGCUGGUUGUACAACUACUGGUUCACUUUCAUCAAACCCCAGUUGUUCUAAUAUCGUCUUG